AUGCUCUCGCCGCUACAACAGGCGGCGCCGCCGGUGGUGGCGGCGGCGGCGGCGAGCGGGAGGCCGGUGCUGACGAAACAGGUGAGCCAGAAGAUGAACUGCUUGUGCUCGCCGACGACGCACGCGGGGUCCUUCCGGUGCCGGCACCACCGGGGCGGCGGGGCGUCCCUCCUCCGCAGCGGCGUCUCCGUCGGCUCCGGUCUGUCGGCGUACGGCGGCGGCGCCGCCGACGCCGGAUCCUUCAGCCACAAGCUGGCCGAGCUCGCCGGCGAGGCGGCGGUCUCCGGCAGCGCCACCGUGAGGGUGUGA